CGGGCAGGCCCAGGCCCCCCAGGCCGCCCCCGGAACCGCCUUCCCCCCCCCUCCGCUGCCCGCCCCGACCUGACCCGCCUGGCCGGGCACUGCCGGGAGCCUCCGCGGCCGCCGGGCACCCUCCCCAAGAUGUCGGCGUUCAGAGCCAGCCGGCAGCUGCUCCGAACCAUUGCAGGGCAUGGAUGGCGAUCACAUGCUAGUAAACCUGCUCAAAACGUACAUAUAAGCAAACCUGGAGCUGGCUUUAGCUUUGAACUUACUGAUGAACAGAAAGAGUUUCAAGCUACUGCUCGUAAAUUUGCUGUGGAGGAGAUUAUUCCCGUUGCUGCGCAAUAUGACAAAACUGGAGAGUAUCCUCUUCCGCUCAUAAAACGAGCUUGGGAACUUGGUCUUAUAAAUUCACACAUACCAGAAAGCUGUGGUGGUCUCGGCCUUGGCAGUUUUGAAGCAUGCCUUAUUACGGAAGAGUUAGCUUACGGAUGUACGGGGGUUCAAACUGCCAUUGAGGCAAACUCCCUAGGGCAAAUGCCAGUUAUCAUUGCAGGAAAUGAACAGCAGCAGAAAAAAUACUUGGGAAGAAUGACAGAGGAACCAAUGAUGUGUGCUUACUGUGUAACAGAGCCUGGAGCAGGCUCUGAUGUGGCUGGUAUAAAAACAAAGGCUGAAAAGAAAGGAGAUGAAUAUGUUAUUAAUGGUCAGAAGAUGUGGAUCACAAAUGGUGGGAAAGCAAACUGGUAUUUUUUGCUAGCUCGUACCGAUCCAGAUCCAAAAGCUCCUGCAAGCAAAGCCUUUACUGGAUUCAUUGUGGAAGCAAAUAGCCCUGGAAUCCAAAUUGGAAGAAAGGAAAUGAAUAUGGGUCAGCGCUGCUCUGAUACAAGAGGUAUUGUCUUUGAAGAUGUGAGAGUUCCAAAAGAAAAUGUACUAAUAGCUGAGGGAGCUGGCUUUAAAAUAGCAAUGGGAGCUUUUGAUAAGACCAGACCACCUGUAGCAGCUGGUGCUGUUGGGUUAGCAAAAAGAGCACUCGAUGAAGCUACUAAAUAUGCUUUGGAGAGAAAAACCUUUGGGAAACCAAUCGUUGAACACCAAGCGGUGUCUUUCAUGCUUGCUGAAAUGGCAAUGAAAGUGGAACUUGCUAGGAUGGCUUACCAGAGAGCUGCGUGGGAAGUCGAUGCUGGUCGCAGGAAUACCUACUAUGCUUCCAUUGCGAAGGCAUUCGCUGGUGAUGUUGCAAACCAAGUAGCUACGGAUGCAGUGCAGAUUUUUGGUGGAAAUGGAUUUAAUACUGAAUAUCCUGUAGAAAAAUUAAUGAGAGAUGCUAAAAUCUACCAGGUAAGUAAAAGAGAGAAUGUGAUCUUUAUAUUAAUGCAUACCUUUUAUAUAAAAGAACCUAAUGGCUACUUAUUUGAAAUCAUGAUAUACGCACAUAAAAAAAGUUUUGAGGAUGAGAGCAGUAUUUCUUCUAUUUAAAGAAAGGGCAUUCAAAUCAGGCAAAUUCUUGCAUACAAAACUCUUUCUUUGUAUUAAAUCAACAACUUAACCUACACAAGAGAAAUAAAUUUAGUGGUGUGAUUUUGUUUUUCUGAAGUGGUAACUCUUUGAAUUCUUGGACCCUUCAUUUUGAAGCUUUUGAACUCAGAAAAACCCACUGUAGAAAACACUGAUCAAAAUACUAAUGCUUGCUUUGGUGAUGGAAAUCCUCUGACCCUCUGUUUGUACCCUGGACUGGUGCCUGCCUCCAUCUUCAUGUUCCCCUCAGCCUGGUAUGCAGUGUAAAGAACAGUUGUUGCUAAUUACAUCCUUUUACUUGUCAUAUCCAAAGUGGGUAUACAGAACAAACAAUUGGUAAUGACUACAUUUUAUGUGCUUCCCACCUUCCUCUUAGUUUAGUCUAGAAGAGAACACUAAAGCAGCUGCUUCCUCUCUCCUCAUAAGCCAUGGUGGCAGUUUUUUUAGGUUGGUUUUCCUUUUUGUUUUCCAGUCUCUUCAUCACUUCUCGCUGUGCUCUAAACCUUCUGUUUGAAACUUUGGUAUCAUAAGCUCGGCAGAUUACUUCAGUUGAGGUCACCACCACUGAGUAUUAUGGAUUAGUUAUCUUGCAUAUGUUGCAUUAACAGAAGCAUGGCACAGCCUGAAAUGAUUAGCCUUUAAAAAAACCCCACCACAACAAAACAUGCUCAUAUUUACUCAUGUUUAGCCCAUAGUCACCCAUAAUCCCCAGAUCUUUUUCUGCAGUAUUAUUAUUACCAAGAAAUUAUUCCAUGUCAUAACUCUUCUCUUAGCUAUACUAUGCUAGUUCUUUCUUCAGUAAGAAUGAUUUCAUUACAUUCAGGAAAACCAGUAAUUUUUUAUCUUUUCACCUCUUUCUGACAUUAAUAAUGACUAGACAAAACACAUCAAAAUCAAUGAUAUCAAGAAGUGCAUGUGGACAAUGAUCUGUAAUGUUAGUUAUACUAACAGAUACCAUUCUUAAGAUUCUAGAUAGUUGAAAUUUCUCUUACCUUUAAUUUUAAAGUCAGGUGUAUUCUCACUAGCCAAGAAUUUUUUUCUUAAGGAUAGAAAACUGUGGUUUUGGAAUCUAAAGGUUCUUAGUACUAAUUGCACUCCUGCAAGUGAGGAAACAAAUGAGUAAUUGAACUUUCUUAUGAUUGGGCUUUUUUCCUGUCAGGUUCCAUAUGUUUCUAGAGAAGAAGGGUGGGAGGGUUAGAAGUUUAUUUGAAAGUUGAGACUGAUUUUACAGGAUCCCAGUUAUUUAGAUUUUCCAUUACACUGAUCUAUCACGAAUGAAUGCCUAGGUAGACUUUUUUUUUCUUUAUUGUUCAAAUUAAUCAGAUUUAGUAAUACACUUUUGGUGUUUUUCUGCUCCCCUUCAUAUCCAAAAGAAUACAGGAAAGGCCUUUCUCUUUACAAUUAUUUUAUCCAUGUCUCUUGAUUAUACUUCACUAUAUUACUGCCCAAUUCCAGAUGGUAUAUGUUUUUGGCCGCCUUUCAUGCACAGAAACUUUGUUUUCCACCUGUUCUUUUCUUCCACAUAUUUGAUACUUCUCAUUAUGACACAAUUCUGCUACUGGGUUUACUGGUAACAUUCUUACAUGUCCAUGCUUUGCUCUGGGUUUGUGUCUGGCUACAAAUCUAGGCUAAUAGGAUAGAAAUUCUAGCUUAGUUUCUCAAAUUCAGAAAACUUCUUUUCUUCAAUUGUCAAUGAUUCUUGAAACCACCCCAUUGGCUUAGAAACCAAAACCAUUCUCGUGCUUACUUAAGAAGAUUGUGGGUUUUGAUGUCUUUACACUUGAGUUUCGUUUCUGUCUUCAUCAGCAAGUAAUUCAGUGCAGCAGAUGGGAGGAGGGGCUGCGGAGGCCCCUGCAUCUACUGUACGCAGUUUGGGUGGGCUAGGUUCACAGCAGGCCUGUCUGGACUGAACAUCCCCACUGCACGUCCAGCUGUGGGCUUGGACCAUUAUGUCUUCGUUAGGGUUUGGAGGGUACUGGGUGUAUGCAGAGGGGAGAGCUUCCAGUUCAGUUUACUCCAGAGGGCACCUAGUAUUGACAAAGCAAAAUCUGCUUGAUGAUCUGGAUCCAGAUGGGGCAAGCAGCAUCAGUCAGAGAGUUCACUUUGAGGAUGAACCAUUUCCUCUGAACCAAAAACUGAAUGUGACCACAGGUUAUACCAUCUUUAUUUUUGUAAAGCUUUGUAAGGUUCUUGGGAAGAUUAUCCCUAUUUUAUGACUACAGAGAAGUGAAUUUUCAUGCCUUUGAGCAAUUUGCCAAAGUAAGUUUUGACAGAACUGGGAGCUGAAACACUUCAACCCCUAAGCUAGGCUGCCCUCAAGUGACGUUGCACUGUACCCAUGUGGCCUUCUUUAUGCAUUAGACCUACAUAUGUGUUUUGUUGUGUAUCUCUGUGUGGUGGUUUACCCUUGGCUGGAAGCCAAGUGUCCACCAAGCCACUCUAUCACUCCCCUCCUCAGCAAGGCAGGGAGGAGAGAAACUAAGAUGGAAAACCAACCCCAAACUCGUGGGUCAAGAUAAAGGCAGUUUAAUGUAGCUAAAGCAAAAAGCCGCGCGCAGAAGCAAAGCAAAAAGCAAAAGAUUAUUCUCUACUUCCCAUCAGCAGGCGAUGUCCAGCCACUUCCUGGGAAGUAGGGCUUCAGUAAGCGUACCCCUUACUGCGGAAGACAAACAUUGUAAAUGGAAUAUCCCUUUGGUCAGUUUGGGUCAGCUGUCCUGGCUGUGUCCCCUCCCAAGAUCUUGCCUACCCCCAGCCUGCUGCUGGGCAGGGGGGGAAAGAAAUGUUGGAGAGACGGCCUUGAUGUGUGCUGGCACUGCUCAGUCGUAGCCAAAACACUGGUGUGUUAUCAACACUUUGCUAGCUACGAAUACACAGCACAGCACCAUGAGGGCUGCUGUGGGGAGACUUAACUCCAUCUCAGCCAGACCCAAUACAAUCUGACUUUGCCAGCAAGCCAAAAAAAACCAGAGGGAAGAUGCAGACUGUUUCUAGAGGAAAAUGCAAGAAUACAUAGUUUAAAAAAAAAAUAAAAUACUGUGUUCAAGAGAGAAAGAGUUAAGGAGCAGUGGGAAUAACUGGAUAACUGCAUGAAAGGGUACACUUGCUACAGCCUUGAAAGGCUAGUCAAAGAAAAUACGACACUUUCAGCACAGGUCACUUCUUCCCCUCAACCCACUGUUUUAUAACCUUCUUUGUAAAACCUAAAAUAUGUAUUUUCUCCCCCAUUUUCCCCAUCCUUCCUCACUCUUAAUUUCAUGAGAACCUUACUGAGUUUUGAUAAAAGCAUCUGAGAGAACAAGCCUGUCUCUCAGUAUCUCGUAUAAGGAUUUAUUGCAUUUAGCCCACUGUAGUUACUCGAGUUGCACUAGAAUUUUUUUCAGUUUUUUCUUUCUACACAUCCUAAUCCACACUAGAUAAGUGCUGUGAAGGUUUACAAGCGUAGAAAGACCUGCUAAAAUGUUUUAAAAAAUUAUCAGUUAACAUUAUUGCAAUUCUUCUUUUCAGAUUUAUGAGGGAACUGCUCAGAUUCAAAGGAUGAUCAUAGCUCGUGAACAUGUUGGCAAAUAUAAGGCUUAAGGAUAUGUAUCAAGCAUAUCUGGCUGCUGCUGUAGUGUUCUGUGCUCUCAUAGAAGAGGAUUUUCAGUGUGUUUCUCAAUUAGAAAGACGUGGAAAAAACUCUUUUCCUUCAAAUCUUUUUACUGUGUACAUGAUUAAGCACUAUUCUGUACUCCCCAUCCAUUCUCUCACUUCAUUCUUUCUGACUAACAAACUUGGUGUUUUCUAAACAUUUCUGAAUUCCAAAGUGAUAGUUUGGCAUCUUUCCCCACUCAAUCUCUUUCACUGAAACCUUUGACUUUUGGUGGGAGAAAAAUUUAAAAUUUAUAUGAUCAAAAAAGUGAAUAAAACUCAGAUAUUUGUGUGUGUGUCUGUGAAGGCAUUCAGCAUGUAACAACAAAUUGGAUUUUAGGUGUUUCUGUAUUGGUUAUAGUGACACAUUUGCACCCACUGUUUUAGCACUGGAGUUGGGUGGAUAUCAAAUUAAUAAAUCUCAGGGAAAUUUAAAUAAGCUGUUCCGCUUCCUCAGCAAUACCAUUUUGCAGCACAUGGUUUUUAGGUCACCACUUGCUAAAAUAAAUAUGAUAACACUGGCCUUUAGAAAACUUGCAACUUUUAAAAAAAUGGAAAGUGAAUACGUGCUGACUUCUGGACCUGUCAAAAACAUACAUUCUCUUAAAUUACUACACAGGUGUUAUUUUUCAAACGGUGGCUGCAUUACUGAUUGCACAUUAUCUCUAUUUUAUAUGCAUCCAUGAGUCAGUAUGAACAAAAACUAGUUUUUGUUUUCAUUGGCCUUCUUUUCAGUGACUUCACCAUCUUAUUCACCUGAAUUCAACAAAGACAGAAAUUGUCAUUCAAUGUAUUCAUCUCUGUGCCUCAAAGAAACCUGUAAUGUUUAUGAAGAAAAUACUUGUUUUCUUGUACCUUAAGUAAGACUUCUUCUUUAUGGGUGAAUGUUAAGUACAGCACUUGAGUAAUACAGCUGAAAUAUGUGUUUCCAUCACAGUGGGGAAAAAAUAAAUACGAUAAUUCAAUUUUAAACAUUUCCAUUUUAACUGAUCCCAUGUGAAAGAACCUGUAGGAAACUGCCUUAUUUUGAAUUAUAACAAAUACAAUAAGGGGCAACAAAUGAGAACCUCGCAACACUAUGUUUUUUCACUGUAAAAUUAGAGGAUCAAAAUACUAUUUCUGACAGGCAUUGCUGCAUUCUAAUAAAAAAAUACAAGUUUAUAAGCA